AUGUUCCAAGCCCGUCGAGCCAAGCCCGUCGAGCCAAGCCCGUCGAGCCAAGCCCGUCGAGCCAAGCCCGUCGAGCCAAGCCCGUCGAGCCAAGCCCGUCGAGCCAAGCCCGUCGAGCCAAGCCCGUCGAGCCAAGCCCGUCGAGCCAAGCCCGUCGAGCCAAGCCCGUCGAGCCAAGCCCGUCGAGCCAAGCCCGUCGAGCCAAGCCCGUCGAGCCAAGCCCGUCGAGCCAAGCCCGUCGAGCCAAGCCCGUCGAGCCAAGCCCGUCGAGCCAAGCCCGUCGAGCCAAGCCCGUCGAGCCAAGCCCGUCGAGCCAAGCCCGUCGAGCCAAGCCCGUCGAGCCAAGCCCGUCGAGCCAAGCCCGUCGAGCCAAGCCCGUCGAGCCAAGCCCGUCGAGCCAAGCCCGUCGAGCCAAGCCCGUCGAGCCAAGCCCGUCGAGCCAAGCCCGUCGAGCCAAGCCCGUCGAGCCAAGCCCGUCGAGCCAAGCCCGUCGAGCCAAGCCCGUCGAGCCAAGCCCGUCGAGCCAAGCCCGUCGAGCCAAGCCCGUCGAGCCAAGCCCGUCGAGCCAAGCCCGUCGAGCCAAGCCCGUCGAGCCAAGCCCGUCGAGCCAAGCCCGUCGAGCCAAGCCCGUCGAGCCAAGCCCGUCGAGCCAAGCCCGUCGAGCCAAGCCCGUCAAUUUAA